UCCAAUAACUCUGAGCCUAUGCUCCACUCAGGGCUGGUGGUGGCAGGAAAGCACCAGGCAGAGCAGGAGAGCCAGGCUGCCCCCAUGGCAGGAGCCCAGCCAUCAGCCACCUCCCAUCCUCAUGGCACACUGAUUUUUGGGCAGCCCAACCCUCACACUCCCCACUGCCUGCUGGUGUUUCUCUUUGCCAAUGCUCUUGCCAUGGCAGCACCACCUGGGAGCUGCCUUCACCCUGCCUGCGCUGUGGCUUCAUUUUCAUCUUCCUUUCUUCCUGCAGCUUUUCUGGAGCUGAGUGGUCCCAGUGAGAUCAAAGGGGUCUGGAAGGACUCUGUCACUCUGCCUUGUGCCUAUGUGCCUGUGGAGGACCUCAUGCAGCAAACCCUCACCUGGACUGUGGUGCAUGACGAGGGUUCAGGUGUCAUCAUUCGGAGGGAUGACUCCGGGGACCAGGUGCUCCUGUCUGAGUACAGGGACAGAGUCAGCAUCCCGAAGGAUACCCCAGGAAAUGUGUCUCUCCUCAUCCUGAACCUGGAGAUCUCUGACAAAGGAACCUACACUUGCCAGGUCACCUGGAGAGACAACAACAACAGCCUGAUAGCAAAGGAGAUCACCACCAGCUUGGAGGUUGUUAAAGUGGCAGCCACCAAGCCCAUCAUCAGAGCGGCGGAGCCGGGGCUGACGCUGCCGGCCGGAGGCAGCACCAGCCUGAGCUGCGAGGCCGGCGGCUCCCCUCCCAUCAGCUACCGCUGGUUCCGCCGCGGCCCGGCGGGCACGGCCGAGUUCCUGCGCAGCGGGGCCGAGCUGGCCUGGCGCAGCCUGCAGCCCUCGGACAGCGGCACGUACUUCUGCGAGGCGCACAACAGGGCCGGCGCCGGCGCCGUGCAGCGCAGCGAUGCCGUGCGCCUGACGGUCACAGAUGUGCUCACAACAACAGCAGCCUCGCAUAGGAAUGUGAGAACCACGGGGGGACUCCACCCAACCACAGAAAAACCUGAAACAGAGCUGGUGUCUGGAGGUACCUCAGCAAUCUCCUGGACUCCAUGGGGCCCCACCACUACUGCAGAUCUGCCCAUAACAGCAACAACUUCUGAGAGUGGUGUGGGAUAUCCAGGGAAGAAUGAAACAAUUCAGGAAUUCCAGAGGACUGGCUUGUCCCUGUACAUGGUCAUCCUGAUUGCUGUGGUGUGUGGUGCUGUGGUUUUCCUUAUCAUCUCUCUUAUCACUUGCAUUAGAAAGCCCAAAGAAGCUCAAGUCUAUGAUGUAAAAUUCCACAACUCGAGAGCAGCAGCUUCCUCAAGCACAGGUCACUAUGAGGAACCCAUCUCUGCCACUGAAAACCACUAUGUGAUGGAGCUUGGGGAAAGCAAAGUCUCUGAAGAAGUAAAUAAGGAUGUGUCUGGCUGUGUGGCAAACCCCCAGGAAUCUGAGUAUGAAGUAGGGGACACUUCCUGAGACCCAGCAAUGCUCUGCAGAUACCAGUCCUGAGGAGCACCUUCACCCAGACAAAAUAUGUAUUUAUUUUCCCUUCUGCCCCUGACAAAUAGGUUGGACAAGCAGUGGUUGCUCUCCCUUCACAGUCCCCGCAGUGAAAAUGCAGGAACUUCAGUUACAGACUGCUGUAUAGAAUUUCUGAUUUUGUUUUCCUUGAUUCCCUUUCAUACCUGUAUCCACUAAAGCCCUUUGAGUGCUGCAGGUCCCAGACUAGGAGCACUGUACUGAGCUUACUGCUAUAUCUGGCCAAAAGGAGCAGUGUUUCCAGUCUUUGUGUGAUGGGAGGAGAGUCAGUGUAACCUCCCCAUGGGUGAGCAGGGCAGGAUGAGGCUGGCUUGGGAAUGGAUGGCUCCCCUCCUGCCCGCCUCAUGCUGCACAGAUUUAAUAUAACAGAUUUUAUAGAAACAAUGGAAGGCAGAUUAAAGCCAAGAGAACCUCAGGAACCUGCCACAGCAGGAGAAGCAGUGCAGGAAGCAGGAAUGUCCUUGCUGUCCUUGUGAUGCCCUUGAUCCCCCUGCAAGCACUGCAGUGAGGUCCAGGCACACUGGCCACAGCUCUGGCUGCUUCUGGCACUGCAACCAGCCCCUUUCUGUCUGAGCUCAUCUUCUCUGUUCUCUCUUUAAGUGCAUGAUGGAUUUUUGAAAGGAAUUACAUACUUUUCCACAAGUUUGGAGUAGGAUUGCUUACACAUGCCUCACAUGUUUUGCUGUGUGCGUUUCUGCACAACUGGCUCAUUUUGGAAUGCCAGCAAGCCACUCACAGCUCCUCACUAGAUACUCAAGAAGUACUUUCCUGCCAGCUUAAAAGGCCUGAAGGGUAAGUUAUGAAUAAUUUCUACUGCCCUGAGUUAAUCUGUUAUGCAGGGUUAUGGAGAAACCUUUUUAUAACAAACAGGGCGAUUCUGUGUCCCAUUAAAGCCAUGCAGGCAGGUGUAAAACAGAGGGAGUGACCCAAGGGAUGAGCAGAAUGUUGGUAACACAGACACAGGAUUAAUGGGCCCCCAGCUGUGCUGCUCACACUCAGGACAGCUCUGCAUCUGCAGGCCUCUGAGCAUCAGUUGAAAACUCACCAGAAUUCAAAGGGAGUGUGAGGUGCUAAAGGAAAGGUAUUCCAGUCAAAAACCUGGACUGUGGUACUGUGAAGUCCAUGGAAUGUCACUAACUUAUGUGUGCAUGUUGGCCUCAUCUUGGGUUUAGCAGAGCAAGAAAAGUUACUGAGAAAUAUUGUAAAGAAUAAUAAUUGGUACAAAAUCACUUCUGUGCCAACAGUCUCUUAGAAAAAAGACAAGAAACAAAUGAGCCAAGAGUGCCCGUGGGGAUCAGGGCUGAGAAGGUGAAGAGGCUACAGCUUGUUUACAGCUUCUCUGAAAAGGAUGCAGAAAUUAAUGUUAAUUAUCUGGUCGCACUUUCAAAGGGCAAGGAAAAGUACUUCUUUGUAUGCAACACAGAAAUAAAUGUGGAACACAGUGCUGCUCACCCAGGGCUGAGAGCCAGAGGUCUAAUGGGGAAUUGGAGGAAUUAAUGAUUUAGAAGUUCAUUAGAAUGCACAAACAACCAGGCAUGCUUUCCAGGCACUUAUCGGUGACCUUAUAUUUUCCCCUGUGCUGCAAGUUUUAUAUCUCUUUGUUAACCAUGUACUGAAAAAUCAAGGGCUGGGGUAUCUUGAUUUCUGAAUGAAAAGGGAAUACAUGGCAGCUACUGGUGCUGUCAUGGAGAAAUCUGCCGACAUGUACAUGCAGCUUAUCGCAGAUGUGGAGAAAAGAGGUGUGAGUGUGUGUUCUGCUGUGUGAGGUCAGAGGGGUGGGAAGGAAAUGUGGCAGGAGCUGGAGCACAGCCCAUCCACCUGAGCUCAGCCUGACUGCUGUGGCCACUGGAGGGAGAAUGUGGCCACCUGGAAUGACCUGCAGAGCUCUUCAUCUGAGGGGUCUGAUGUGGCCAGAGCUCCAGCCAGAGGAGCAGGGAGCACUGAGGGAAGGCAGAGAUGCUGAGAUGCAGGGUGUCCCACUGAGGGACAGGGUGCUCAGUCACACUGAGCUCUCACUGCUGGAACCCCAUGGGUAAGGGCUGCAAGGAAUCCCACAGCUUGCCCCAAAAUCACUCCAUUCCAGCUGCACUGCAAAGCCACAGGCAAUGCAGCCCUCCCAGUGUGGUUAAACAGCAGUGUUAUCCUGGCUGGACAGCCAGCAGCAGGAACUGAUGCUAUUAAAUACAGCUGUUGUAAGGCAAGCUCAUUAAACUGCAAAUAAUUCCAUGAA